AUGCCGAGAGAAAAUCGGAAAAGAGGAAAAAAGCAUAGGAAGAAGCCUGAGGAGGAGCAAAAUGCCGAACACCACGAGCAUGAACAGGCUGGACAGGAUCUCGAGCCUCAUGCGGGGGUUUCAUGGAUGGUCUCAGUUGAUGACCGCUCGGACUUCAAUCCAGAGGCACCGUUUGGAUAUGUCGAUGCAGAGGUCAAGGCAUAUUUCCGCACGGUAGAUUUGCAAAUCCGAGACUGGCAGGAACAGGGGAUGGCGGGGACCGAGGGAGACGGAGAUACUGAUCCAAACGAGGAUCGUCGUCUAUUCUUCGUUGCUGCCCUCACCGAAAUGUCGGGCAAGGAGAAACAGCUUGCCACGGACCCCGAUUGCUCGUCGAUUGUAGAGCGAAUGUCAUACUCUAUGGACGAUUUUAUCCGACGUGUUUUUAUGGAUAGACUUAGCGGAUCAUUUGAGCAGUUGUCGAAACAUAGGUUCGCUUCUCAUGUAUGCCAGACGUUGUUCGGUGUUGCUAGUGAGACCAUAUCACGGGAGACUCGCGGAAUUUUUCCUACCGCGGCAGAGACGUCAGAUGAAGGCGAAUUAAGAACAUUGAUGCAACUUGUUUUGGAUGCAUGCGAGGAAUUACUUCCGACGCUUUCGUCUCUCAUCGUGGACCCAUUUGCAUCUCAUGUAAUUCGCGCACUUCUCCUUCUCCUGGUACCCGAUUGUUUCCCCUCGAUGGACGGUCCAGGACACAGCGGUUCUUCUGUGCGCUCCAAACGGAGUGUAGCUUACAAGGCCAAGCAAGGUUCAAUGAAGUCAGUGUUCUCUGAGCAUGAAGGACAAACAAGUCACGAACCUGUGAAAGAUGCACCUGAGGAAUUUCGUGACGUUGCUAAGAAAUUUGUUGUGGCCCUGCGUGAAAAUCUUGAUGAGAACGAAGUACGAGCGUUAGCUGCCGACAAGGUCGCAAGCCCUGUUUUGCAGAUGUUCUUGGAAGUCGAAUCAGGAUGUGGCAUGUCCGACAUACCGGGUUCGCUCAUGGAUAGGACACUCGUUGGGCUCAUCACAUUAACGCAUGAGGACCCGUCCGCCUCUCCGGAGGCUUCUGACUAUUUGACUACCCUCCUGCGCGAUCCUACCUCCUCUCAUCUCUUAGAGACACUUGUGCGGCGAUCACCGGACAAAGUCUUCAAUAUCCUUUGGCCUACUUACUUCUCAGGUAAACUCUCAAGACUAGCAGUUCAUCCGGUGGCGAAUUUCGUCGUGGCGAGAGCAAUAGAACGGGCUACUGUAGAACAGCUGGGCGAGAUCUGUCAUGAACUCGAAGGCGUGGCCGAGAAAAUCAUCAAAGCUUCCCGGACGGGUGUACUUCGAGCACUGGUGGAUAGGGCUGCAGGACUAAAGACUCACGAAGAAGAGGUCGUGGAAGUUAUCUGUGCGGCUCUCGAGCUCAAAGAACAGGAAGAAAGAAGGCUCGUGGUCCCUUGUAUCUUGUACCUCAAGGGUUCUAGAGACUAUCAAGCGGCGGCGGCAAAAGCUGGACAAGCAACUAAGCCUGAGGCUGAGACUCAAAGUCGUUGGCAAAGAGGGAAGAUUGACGCCAAUCAGGAUUCGUUGGAGCCCAAAACACAGGGUGCGGUGCUGUUACAAUCGUUGUUGCGUCUCUCCGCACCGCAUAACCAGAUCGUGGUGGACAGCAUCCAAGCCCUCAGGAUUGACCAGUUGAUUGAGAUGGCACAUCACGUCACAAGUUCCCGUGUACUUGACGUACUACUAGAUUCGCCCACAGUGCCCACCAAAGCUAAACGCAGUUUUGUGUUGACGUUCAUGGGACACUUCCCGACCUUGGUAGACGACCGCAUAGGUAGCCGAAUCGGUGCGCGCCUUUGGGCGUUUGCCGAUCCAUACCUGAAAGAGAAGAUAGCUCGCUCUAUCAUACCUCACGAACAUCACUUGGCUGGAUCCUUCUUUGGGAAGUUCUUCGUUCGGAGCUUGAGCCUGCACUUGCUUCAACGUAACCCCGAACAAUGGAAGGAUUUGCAAUCUGCCACCAAGCAGACGUCCUCUCAGACAUCCCAACAAAAGACGCGCGUGCUACCUCCAACAUCCAUAGCAUCAGUAGCUCCGGAAGUAUCAGCGGUCUCCAUUACGGAAGAGCGCAGUGCAAACGCAGACAAGCGGGAGAAGCGAAACCGCAAGGCGCGUUCCAAAGACGAGAUUGAUGAAUUAUUUGAUACGACGCUUGGGAAUAAGACCAGAAAGAGCCUAGUUACGACUGCAACUGUAAAGAACAAGACAGACGAGACAGACAGCGUGGGGUAUGCAGGACAUGGCGAAAGCAAGAAGAGGAAACACACUCUGGAGGACUCUGCAGAUCAGGAUCUCAAAAAUAUCAUGGGUGCCAUCCGCGCCGCACCCAAGGAUGACGGAGAGCGGAAAAAGAAGAAACGAAGAGGUUGA